AUGAUUGCUGCUCACGAGGAAAAAAGUUUCGUCGGCUGGAUGCGUGAAAACAGCAUGAUGUUCACUGGUGAUGAAUAUCAUUUCAGGUUAGGUGUUUGGUUAUCAAAUAAAAGAUAUGUUCAACAACAUAACGCCGGAAAUUCCCAUUUCAUUCUUGCAAUGAACAGAUUAUCACAUUUAACACCAAGUGAAUACCAUUCGUUGCUUGGUUACAAGAAUUCUGGAAGGAAUCAUAAGUAUUCCAUUAUUAACGAGAAAAACGCAGGCUCACAUCCAGAUUCAUUCGAUUGGAGAGAUCACCCAGGAGUUAUUGGUCCAGUCAAAGACCAAAAUGACUGUGGUUCUUGCUGGGCUUUCUCUACAAUCUUUGGAUUAGAGUCAAAUUGGGCUGUUAAACAUAAUGCCGCCUAUAUAUUAUCAGAACAAAACCUUGUUGACUGCUGCAGUAGUGCAGCUGGAUGCAAUGGUGGUUUUCCAGCUGAUGCAUGGGAUUGGAUGAUUGAUGAACAAGGAGGCAAGACAAUGCUAGAAGUAGAUUACCCAUAUACAUCUCAGGAAGGAACUUGCAAAUGGAACAAGAAGAAGGCCGCUCCACCACAAGUUAAAGGAUACGUCGAAGUUGCCGAUUGUGAUGAAAACGAUUUAGCAGAGAAGAUUGCAAACUUAGGUCCAGCAAGUAUUGCAAUUGAUGCUUCACUUUAUUCCUUCAUGAUGUACCAGUCAGGAAUUUAUGAUGAUCCAAAGUGCAGCUCAAUGAACUUAGAUCAUGCUGUUGGUUGCGUUGGUUAUGGUGUUGAGAAUGGCGCUAAAUAUUGGAUUGUUCGCAAUUCAUGGGGCGAAAUGUGGGGCGAAAAAGGUUACAUUCGUAUGGCAAGAGACAAACAUAACCAAUGCGGUGUUGCAACAGAAGCAUUCAUCGCUCAGGUUAAUUAA